UCGAGGGGGAGGAGGCGGUGGUAUCCCAUCGCUCCGAGGAAGGCUCGGCAUUUGCAAAUUCCGGCUGCGGAGGAGAGCGGGGAGCAUCCUAACCCCGGGCAGCAGUCGCAGAACAGGACGAAGCUUCCCGGAUCCUCGUUAUCCCAGCGCUGUCCGCGCUAUCCUUCCCUCUGCCGCUGUGCCUCCUGCGGCGAGGAGCGGCAGCCGCGGAGACCCUGUCUAUCUCCGAGCCGCGCAGACAGAGCCCUGGGCUAAAUAGUCAUGACAGCUGAAAAGACUAUUCCUAUCAUUAAUGGCAAACCAGAAGAUGCUUUGGACCAAGAAGCCUCAAGUACCAACCUCGUCCACAGCAAUGAUAAAAAAGUUCAUGAAAGAGGUCACUGGAACAAUAAGGUUGAAUUUGUGCUUUCUGUGGCAGGGGAGAUUAUUGGGUUGGGCAAUGUAUGGAGAUUCCCAUAUCUUUGCUACAAAAAUGGAGGAGGUGCUUUCCUCAUCCCCUAUGUGGUUUUCUUCAUUUGCUGUGGAAUACCAGUGUUUUUCUUGGAGACGGCUUUGGGUCAGUUUACUAGUGAAGGAGGCAUUACGUGCUGGAGGAAAGUUUGCCCCCUGUUUGAAGGCAUCGGAUAUGCUACCCAAGUUAUAGAGGCACAUCUAAAUGUAUAUUACAUCAUCAUUUUAGCGUGGGCCAUCUUCUAUUUGUUUAACUGCUUUACUACAGAGCUUCCUUGGGCAACCUGUGGGCAUGACUGGAAUACAGAAAACUGUGUGGAAUUUCAAAAACUUAAUAUGACCAACUGCAGUCAAGUCUCUUUACAAAAUGCCACUUCUCCAGUGAUGGAAUUCUGGGAACGCAGGGUGCUGGCUAUAUCUGAUGGUAUUGAACAUAUUGGGAAUCUUCGCUGGGAGCUUGCACUGUGCCUCCUUGCUGCCUGGACUAUCUGCUAUUUCUGCAUUUGGAAAGGAACAAAGUCUACUGGAAAGGUUGUGUACGUAACAGCCACGUUCCCCUACAUCAUGUUGAUGAUUCUUCUGAUUCGUGGAGUAACAUUACCAGGUGCUGCUGAGGGGAUAAAAUUCUACCUGUACCCUGACCUUUCCCGACUGUCUGACCCACAGGUGUGGGUGGACGCCGGUACUCAGAUAUUUUUCUCUUACGCAAUCUGCUUGGGGUGCCUGACAGCCCUGGGUAGUUACAACAACUACAAUAAUAACUGCUACAGAGACUGCAUCAUGCUCUGCUGCUUGAACAGUGGCACAAGCUUUGUUGCUGGUUUUGCUAUCUUUUCAGUUCUUGGAUUUAUGGCUUAUGAACAAGGUGUGCCCAUUGCAGAAGUUGCAGAAUCAGGACCAGGACUCGCAUUCAUUGCUUACCCUAAAGCUGUUACCAUGAUGCCCCUUUCUCCUCUGUGGGCAGCUCUGUUCUUCAUGAUGCUUAUAUUCCUUGGAUUAGACAGUCAGUUCGUGUGUGUUGAAAGCAUCGUGACAGCUGUUGUAGAUAUGUACCCAAAGAUUUUCCGCAGGGGCUACAGAAGAGAGCUGUUGAUCCUCGGCCUUUCCAUUGUGUCAUACUUCAUUGGCCUAAUAAUGUUAACUGAGGGUGGGAUGUACGUCUUCCAGUUAUUUGACUCUUAUGCAGCCAGUGGCAUGUGCCUUCUGUUUGUUGCCAUAUUUGAGUGUGUCUGCAUAGGCUGGGUUUAUGGCAGCAAUCGCUUUUAUGAAAACAUUGAAGAUAUGAUUGGGUACAAACCUCUCUCACUGAUUAAAUGGUGCUGGAUGGUCUUAACUCCAGGUAUUUGCGCAGGAAUCUUCAUCUUCUUCCUAGUGAAAUACAAGCCUUUGAAAUACAACAAUGUGUAUAUAUACCCUGACUGGGGCUAUGGCAUAGGGUGGAUGAUGGCACUCUCUUCCAUGAUCUGCAUCCCUUUGUGGAUUGGCAUUAAGCUGUGGAAGACAGAAGGCACUUUGAUAGAGAAAUUCAGGAAGUUGACUACACCUAGCUCAGAUCUGAAAAUGAGAGGCAAACUUGGAGGAGGAGCCUACAUUGCAGCAAUAAAUGACUGCGAUGUCAAACUGAAAGGAGAUGGCACCAUUUCAACGAUUACAGAAAAAGAGACACAUUUCUGAAAGAACUAUUUUUUUGGUUUUUUUUUUAUAAAUAAAUAAAUACACUUAAUUAUAGAAGUUGGCUUGUUUUGCACAAGAUUUUAUUAACCAGUUAAUUUUAAAGUGAAAAUUGUAUACUUGUUUAAAAGUGAUUUUUUUAAAUUACUAUGUAAGUAAUGAUUAUGUACAAGAAAAAGAACUAGUAUUAUACGGUACGUUAGCGAUGGCUUCUUGUAAUAUGGUGAUUUCAGUAAAUGUUUUUUAGAAGCUAGAGCAACCUGUAUAAUGUGCUGUAAAACUUUUCUACUUUGAUUUCUGGCAGGUGUAAUGUUAUAUAGCUCUUUGCAUUCUAAUCUGUGAGCAUUCAGACCAUUUCAGCUUUCAAUGUAUGUAUAUAGAGGGGACCAGAAUAUCCUGUUCAUACUGGAAGAAAUUGUGAGGGGAUGGGGGAAGACUGUACGGCUGUUGCGUGCUGCUAUCUAACUGCGGCUAGUGUCUGGUGCCCACUGGAAUCGGAGGGAGCCUUUCCAGGGACUUUGCCUCACGCCAUGGUGAUUCAGCCUUUCCCCUGGCCAGAGCAGCCUGAGU